AUUCGCUCUUAAUCUGGCCACGGCGUGCAGGUGACGCUGGCGGUGUGCAGCCCGCGCCGAGGCGAGAGCGCCGUUUGGACAGACUUUCGUCAAUUUUACAAAGUUCGGCCCGUAUAGUACCAACAAGCGCUCCGCGCACAGAACAAGCAGAAUGUCCAAUGCGAAACUAGAGGAACUGGAGGAAUGUUCUUCGAAGAGACGGUCUUGGAAGCGCGCCGGCUUGACCCACGCAGAUCGCAAUCAGACUCGCGAGCUUCGUACUCCCGACCGCCAGCGACAGCGCCCCACCCUUUCCAAGAGGUGAAGGAAGGGCAAGGAGGUAGACUGAGGGACGAGGGAGGAGAGCGCCUGCCAGUGGUCGGCGGGAUGGCGUGCAGCGCGUUGCCUUAGGUAGACUGAGGGACGAGGGAGGAGAGCGCCUGCCAGUGGUCGGCGGGAUGGCGUGCAGCGCGCUGCCCUUGAGGUCGCGGCAGCGGCUCGAGCAGGGCAGACGUUUAAAUAUUCGCCUGCUUCUGCAGGAGGCUUUGAAAACGGGCACCAGCACAGGCACAGGGGAAUGCCUCCACAGGGGGGAAAGGAUCCUGUAUUGCGGUGUUGGUGGUAAUAUUUCGGCUGCCUUGGAAGCCAGAAUAUCACCACCAUCACCUAGAUCGGGAUCUUCUUCCCUCGGUGGCGGCACGCCGCCGAUAGUGGUGUUGCUGCUAACCUCUGGGCCUGCGAUUCUGCUCCGAUCCAAAAGGGAGUGGAGAGGAUACGCCUCGAGAGGGAAGAGGCACUGCGCCAGCAAAGCGGAGCAUUUGCACCAGCUGCUGCUUGCGAUCGCCACAAAAAUCGAAGGCAAAAAACCCACCCCUACAACAACCACCCCGACAAUCGAGGCCGUUUAGUAAACGCGCCCAAAGAUGGAAUCGAACAGGGCAGGACUGUUUAGCAAAAGCCCAGUACCGUUUAGAGAGUGUUUCUUUA